AUGUCAGCCUCGCCGUUGCUGUCGGCGGAGGAGACGACGCCGCCGUUGCAUGGCGUCGUCGUGAUCGCCCUCCCGGACCACGCCGACGACGGGGGCCGGGACGCGUUGCCCAGGAGCGAGGCGGCGGCGCCGGCGGUGAUGAGACGGGCGUGGAGGCUGCUGCGCCUGGCCACGGCGCCGCUCGUGGUGCUCGCGGCGUUCGCGGUGGCGGCGCACUGCUACGGCCUCUACUCCUUCCCCUUCUCCGGGGAGGAGGACUGGAAAUGGGGCGAGGGGCGCGCCUCAUCCUUCCUGCUGCCGCUGCACCCCAAGCCCAAGGCCGCCAGCGCCGGCGCCGGCGUCAAGGCGGAGGACUCGACCACGGCCGUGCUGCCGGAGAGGCAGUACUUCACUUCCAUAAACAUUGGCAAUCCUGCAAGGCCCUAUUUUCUUGAUAUUGAUACAGGGAGUGCACUCACAUGGAUCCAGUGUGAUGCACCCUGCACAAAUUGCACAAAGGGACCUCAUCCUUUAUACAAGCCCGCGAAAGAAAACAUGGUUCUCCCCAGGGAUUCACUUUGUGAGGAAUUGCAAGGCAACCAAAAUUACUGUGACACCUGCAAACAAUGUGAAUAUGAGAUCGCCUAUGCGGACCGAAGCUCAUCUGCCGGAGUUCUUGCGAGGGAUAACAUAAAGCUGAUCACCGCAGACGGUGAGAGGGCAAACAUGGACUUUGUCUUCGGGUGUGCACAUGAUCAACAAGGAAAGCUUCUGGACUCACCAGCAAGUACUGAUGGGAUCCUUGGCCUCAGCAAUGGGGCAAUGAGCCUCCCUACCCAGCUAGCCAAGCAAAGGAUCAUUUCCAACGUUUUCGGCCAUUGCAUCGCCACGGAUCCCAGCAGUAGUGGCUACAUGUUUCUCGGUGAUGAUUACGUUCCCAGAUGGGGAAUGACAUGGGUUCCCGUCCGUAACGGUCCAGAGGACGUGUACAGCACGGUAGUACAGAAAGUGAACUAUGGAGGUCAGGAGCUUAAUGUGCGAGAGCAGGCUGGGAAGCUGACUCAAGUGAUCUUCGACAGCGGGAGCUCAUACACUUAUUUUCCACAUGAAAUAUACACAAGCCUGAUUGCUUCCCUUGAAGCGGUCUCUCCAGGCUUUGUACGCGAUGAAUCAGAUCAAACGCUGCCUUUCUGCAUGAAGCCUAAUUUUACAGUGAGGUCUGUGGAUGAUGUGAAGCAACUGUUCAAGCCCUUGCUCCUGCAUUUCAGCAAAGCAUGGCUUGUGAUCCCAAGAAUGUUCGUAAUUUCUCCCGAGAACUACUUGAUCAUCAGCGACAAGGGCAAUGUCUGCCUAGGGGUGCUUGAUGGAACUGAGAUUGGCCACAGCUCAACAAUAGUAAUUGGAGAUGUUUCCCUCCGUGGGAAGUUGGUUGCGUAUGACAACGACGGGAAUCAGAUCGGAUGGGCUCAGUCAGACUGCAGCAGACCACAGAAAGCAAGCAGGGUUCCAUUCUUCCUUUCGAGAGCAUUGCUCGGUCAACUUCUUUAA